AUGGUGCAUCUCGGCAAGGUCGCCACGACCAAAGAAAUUGAAGAGAAGAACAAGACGCUGCCUGACAUUGACGGUCUUGAUCUUGGUGCUCCUGGCCAGGAUGAGGUCACAGCUAGUGUCUAUGGCUCACGCUACGCCGCAAUGGAUUUGCCCAAGCAUGAGAUGCCUGAGGAUGAGAUGCCGAGGGAGGUUGCUUACCGCAUGAUCAAGGACGACCUGACUCUCGAUGGCACUCCUACGCUCAACUUGGCGUCCUUCGUCACCACCUACAUGGAAGACGAGGCCGAAAAGCUCAUGGUCGAAGCAUUUUCCAAGAACUUCAUCGACUACGAGGAGUACCCAGUCAGCGCUGACAUCCAGAACCGCUGUGUCUCCAUGAUCGCCCGCCUCUUCAACGCCCCGGUCCAUGACGAGAAUGCCCAGAUCAUGGGUACCAGCACCAUCGGCUCCUCCGAGGCCAUCAUGUUGGGCACUCUGGCCAUGAAGAAGCGCUGGCAAAACAAGCGUCGUGCCGAGGGCAAGGACGCCAGCAAGCCCAACAUAAUCAUGAACUCGGCUGUGCAGGUGUGCUGGGAGAAGGCUGCUCGUUACUUCGACGUCGAGGAGAAGUACGUCUUCUGUGAGGAAGGCCGCUAUGUGAUAGACCCGCAGCAGGCGGUUGACUUGGUCGAUGAGAACACGAUUGGUAUCUGUUCAAUCCUUGGUACAACCUACACCGGCGAGUAUGAGGACACCAAGAAGAUCAACGACUUGCUCGUCGAGCGCAACAUCGACUGCCCAAUCCAUGUCGACGCUGCUUCCGGUGGCUUCGUUGCUCCGUUCGUCAACCCUGGUCUUGAGUGGGACUUCAGGCUCGAGAAGGUCGUCUCCAUCAAUGUCUCUGGCCACAAGUACGGUCUCGUCUACCCUGGUGUCGGUUGGGUCGUGUGGCGUGACCCUGAAUUCCUGCCAAAGGAACUCAUCUUCAACAUCAACUACCUCGGCGCCGACCAAGCCUCUUUCACCCUCAACUUCUCCCGCGGCGCCUCCCAAGUCAUUGGCCAAUACUACCAGCUCAUCCGCCUCGGCAAAAAGGGCUACCGCAGCAUCAUGUUCAACCUCACCCGCACUUCAGACUACCUCGCCCACAGCGUCGAGCAGAUGGGCUUCGAACUCAUGUCCCAAACCCGCGGCCGUGGUCUCCCUCUCGUAGCCUUCCGCCUCAACCCCAAGCACAACCACAAAUUCGACGAAUUCGCCAUUGCUCAUCAGCUUCGCGAGCGCGGAUGGGUUGUUCCGGCUUAUACCAUGGCUCCUCACGCUGGCAAGCUGAAGAUGAUGCGUGUGGUCGUCCGCGAAGACUUCAGUCGCUCACGUUGCGACGCUUUGAUCACGGAUAUCGGGCUGGCAUACAAGGAGCUUUGCAAGUUGGACGAGCACAACCUUAUUGAGCCGUAUCAGGAGCAUAUGAAGAACCAUCAUUCCAAGAAUGCGAAGAACAAGAAUACGAAUGACCAUUUCUCGGAUGAGAAGCAUUCGCUUCAGGGCAAGCAUGGGAAGACGCAUGCUGUGUGCUAG